AAAUUGACGGCCGAAACAAACUCUCAACAUAAUAACAAUCAAUCAGAAUAUUCUUAUACUCUUUUUUUCUCUGUCACUUUCUCUUCUCACACACACUUUCUUCAAUCAUCAAAUUCAUUCAUUCGUUUACACCAACUCUUUGAUUCAUUCUCCUUUUUAUUCAUUCAUUAUUCCAUUUUUCUUUUUGUUUCUGCAAAAUUUGAACGAGAACGAUGAUGGAUUUUAAGAAAUAUUGGACGAAGAAGACGCUAAUUGGUCUCGGAUUAGGGCAGUUUCUUUCUCUCCUUAUUACUGGAACUGGUUUCGCCUCUUCUGAAUUAGCUAAAAAAGGAAUUAAUGCUCCAACUUCACAGUCGUUUCUAAAUUAUGUGUUCUUGGUGAUUGUCUAUGGAAGUAUUCUACUCUACAGAAGACAACCUCUCAAGGCAAAAUGGUACUAUUAUAUACUUCUUGGAUUGGUUGAUGUAGAAGCAAAUUUUCUUGUUGUGAAGGCAUAUCAAUACACCUCACUUACAAGUGUGAUGCUACUUGACUGCUGGUCCAUUCCAUGCGUCAUGCUUCUUACAUGGAUUUUCUUGAAAACAAAAUAUAGAUACAAAAAGAUAACCGGUGUAAUUGUUUGCAUCGCUGGACUUGUUCUUGUUGUAUUUUCAGAUGUUCACGCAGGUGACCGUGCAGGUGGAAGUAAUCCUCGUAAAGGGGACAUUCUUGUUAUCGCUGGUGCUACUUUGUAUGCAUUCAGUAAUGUCAGUGAGGAAUUUUUAGUAAAAAAUGCUGAUCGAGAAGAGCUCAUGGCAAUGUUAGGUCUCUUUGGUGGCAUCAUCAGUGCCAUUCAAAUAACAGUACUUGAGCGCAACGAACUUAAAUCUAUUCAUUGGUCGGCCGGGGCAGCACUUCCUUUUUUUGGAUUUUCAGUGGCUAUGUUUUUGUUUUACUCGCUAGUCCCGGUUUUGCUUAAGAUCAAUGGUUCUACCAUGCUAAAUCUGUCUCUUCUGACAUCAGACAUGUGGUCUGUCUUAAUUCGCAUUUUCGCUUACCAUGAGAAGGUUGAUUGGAUGUACUAUCUGGCGUUUGGUGCUGUUGUUGUCGGCAUUAUUAUCUACUCUAUAGGUUACGGAGAUGAGGAUCAGCAACCUCAAAAUGCUGUCGAAGAACCUCUUGCAAUCAGUCGCGACGAGGAAGCCAGUUCAGCAAAUCAUAGCAAAGGAGCUGUGGCUGGAAGCUCAAAAACAUGGGUAGCUUAAAGAAAGUAUAGGCCUAGAGAUCCAUGCAGGGAAAGUCCAUGUUAUUCUUAGUUAUUGUUCAAUGCUCCUCCAAGAGUGCAAUGCAAGAAGCACUCAUUUUGCUUUUAUAUUCUUUUUCAGCCUACUAAUUUUAGUUGAAAAUUAUGCUGGUUUUGUCAUUGUGGGAAUAGGUCUAAUUUAAUUAAUAGAAAAUGGAAUCCAUAUGAUUUAGUGAGACUUGCAUGAA